AUGGAGGCAGAUUGGGAUGAGAUCACACGCAUCGCAGUGCCUUCGUCGGGACUGCAUGCGAUCCCGACUCCAGCGAGCGCAGUUGCCUUUGAUGAUUUGCAGGAACUUCUGUGGGUCGGCAAUGACCAGGGGCGAGUCACCUCAUUCUAUGGCCCUGAGUUGCAACGGUACGUCUCGGUCAAAGCUCAUCUCGGAGAAGGGCCCGUCAAGCAGCUGUUGGUCCACGAAAAAGGUAUCAUUUCUAUCUCGUCUUCCAGCGUCCAUUUUGUCACCCGCAGAGGCUUGACGCAAUGGCAUAUUUCACAUCGCUUGAUGACGGAUCUCCGAUGCAUGGCCUUUGCUGCCACAAGCAAUCUCAUCAUCGUGGCAGGCUGCCAGAGCACCUUUUUCAUCAUCGACAUCGACAAAGGCCAAAUUGUCUCGCAACAUCCUGCUCAGGCAAAGUACACCAUCCUGAGGAAAAGCCGUCAUCUGUGUGCUGCGAGUGACGACGGCAACGUGCAUAUUCUCAGUUUGACCGACUACCAGCUUCUCAAAUCUUGGAAAGCCCACUCCAGCGCUGUAAAUGACAUGGAUGCCCGCAAUGAUUUUCUGGUCACUUGCGGCUUCUCGGUCAGGCAGUUGGGCGUACCCAUCGUCGACCCCUUGGCCAAUGUUUACGAUCUGAAGUCUCUCACAUCUCUGCCUCCGAUCCCUUUUCAUGCAGGUGCUGCAUAUGCGCGUUUGCACCCGAAACUCCAGACUACCAGCUUCGUUGCGUCACAAACCGGCCAAAUGCAGGUGGUGGAUCUGAUGAACCCUGUAAAUGUCAUGCUCAAACAAGCCAACGUCCAGUUCAUGCUAGGGAUGGAAAUUGCCGCUUCAGGAGAUGCCCUAGUCAUCACCGAUUCAAACGGAUGGAUAUACCUCUGGGGGUCUCCUUCCAAGGUCCGCUUCAAUAAUAUCAGCAAGGAAACAGAAUUUGCAGACCCUUCUCCUCAGCAGAUCCCCCACAUCGACUGGAAUGACGCCCCGCUCAACACCAUAGGCAUGCCAUACUAUUCAGAACCUCUUCUGUCCGCGUGGCCAAGUCACAUGGUAUUUGAGAUCGGAGCGCCGCCAGCGCCGGUCGACCCGUCGCUGCUUUUUCACAUGCAGACCGCCGAGAUGGGCCACUACGCUCCAAAUCUAAACCCUCGGAAGCUUCUCCGCUACCAAGUGGAAGAUACCAGAGUCGGCCAAGUGCCUGCUUCGAUUACCGCGCCCAAAUUCCUGAGUGAAAAGGCGAAAGAGACGCCGGCGUAUGGAAGCGGGAGGAAGCUUUCUGACGCUGCCGAAGGAUUGGCCGGGAUAUCUCUCAAUGGCAGGGCACAAACCGAUGAGGAACGAAUGCUCAAAUAUAGCAACGUCGAGAUCAAGUAUAGCAGAUUCGGAGUUGACGACUUCGAUUUUCGGUACUACAACAAAACUCCCUAUUCUGGUCUGGAGACGCAUAUUACAAAUUCGUUUGUCAACUCACUGUUACAGCUAUACAAAUUCAUUCCUCUGAUCCGCAACGUGGCCAUCCAGCAUGCCACCACGUCGUGCGUGGCGGGCCACUGCCUGCUGUGCGAAUUUGGGUUUCUGUUCGACAUGCUGGAAAAAGCGAAUGGCCAGAAUUGCCAGGCGACAAAUCUUCUGAGGGCGUUCGGAGCCUCUAGGGAAGCUGCAAAUCUCAGCCUUUUCGAACAUUUGUCUUUGGCCAACGGGACACCGCUCUCAACCACGAUCCAAGCAGUGAAUCGAUUCUUCUUGAAGCAAAUGGUGCACGACUAUAUCACAAUGUCGACGAGUAGUGAUGGGAUUGAUGAGAUUAUUGCGAGCAAAGCCUUUGAAGCCAUCCGCUGCAUGUAUUGCAAUAAUGAGACCUCCAAACCGUCAAGUACGUAUGUGCAUGACCUCGUCUAUCCGCAACUCGAACCAAAGCACUCUAUAAAAUUCAUCAAGUUCGCGUACUGCCUAAAGACCACCAUCGAACGAGAAGCUAAGAACAGAGGUUGGUGCAGUCGAUGUCGAAGGUAUCAACAGCUGGCUAUCCGGAAGACAGUCCGGCAACUACCUUUCGUGUUAAUGAUCAAUGCAGCACUUGGGGCUAAUCCUGCCAUGUGCGGACUUUGGGAGACCCCAGGUUGGCUUCCUUCCGAGAUUGGCGUUAUCGUGCAGGAUAGAAAUGUGUACGUUUUCGAAGGUUCUGACCUCGCCCUGCAUCAGCGGAACAAGUCUCCAGGCCUAGUCAUCUACGAGCUCGUCGGAUUCGUCGCCGAGAUUGACACCAGUGAGCGGCAUCAACCUCACCUUGUCAGCAUGGUGAACGUGGAGGUCUCAAGCGAAGGGCCCGAGGUCUCCCACAAUCACAAAGUGUUUCCCAAUUGGCACCUCUUUAACGACUUUUUGGUGUCGCCAGUCGAUCCACGAGAAGCCCUCCAUUUCAACAAAGCGUGGAAAAUGCCCAGUGUAAUUGCAUAUCAAGUCAAGAAUGCACACGGCAAACUCGAUCACAACUGGAAACGAUGUAUGGACACUACCCUAUUAUACCAGCACUAUAGCAUCAACGGUCUCUAUCCCAAAGAUGGCUGCAUCAUCCUGAGACCAGGAGAACUGCCAGAAAAAGGCACACCCAUUGCACUAGACACCGAGUUUGUCGAAUUGGAGAAAGCCGAGAUCAACGUCAAGGCAGACGGAACACAAGAAACCAUUCGGCCAGCAAAGUCUGGUCUGGCACGGGUCAGUGUGGUUCGCGGCCAGGGCGUGGACGAAGGGGUCCCUUUCAUCGAUGACUACAUCACCAUUUACGAGCCGAUUGUAGACUACAAAACCCAGUAUUCGGGCAUUCGGCCAGGCGACCUUGACGCCCAGAUUUCACAUCACAACCUUGUGCCUCUAAAAGUGGCCUACAAAAAGCUAUGGAUUCUGCUUAACCUUGGCUGCAUUUUUGUUGGUCACGGUUUGGCAUCUGAUUUUCGAAAGGCAAAUAUUCACGUUCCUAAGUCUCAGACCGUGGACACACAGUUCCUGUACCUCGCACCAGGCAGAAACCGACGAUUCUCGCUACGAUAUCUGGCAUGGGCCGUGUUUAAGGAAUACAUUCAGGAAGAAACAACUCUGGAUGAGGCGAUGCAAGUUGACGGGCAUGACAGCAUUGAAGACGCACGUAUGGCGCUACGUCUGUGGCGCAAAUUUCAAGAAUACGAAGACGCCGGCAUUGCAGAGCAGAUGAUCGAGGAUAUCUACCGCAAGGGCACGAAAUAUGGCUGGAAGCCUCCCCCCCGCAGCAUCGGUGGAACAUUGAUGGCUCUGGAGGGUAUUGGCACUGGAGCAGCAAACAGUGCCGUGCAGAGCGGGAGAAAUACCCCGGAUCCGAUGACGAUGCCCUCGUCGGUGGCCGGUACACCGUUACCAAACUCCCCGCCGAAAGGGACUGGAAAUGCCAGUGGAAGUGCCAGCGGCGGUGGCAGCUCGGGAGGAGGAGUGUUCAAAUUGAAUGCUGCCGGGGUAGGAACUUUCGUACCGGGCAACGGAAUCAUCAAGGAGAGUCCGCUUCGAUAG